GGCAGCUCAUGUCUCAUGUCAUUUUAUCCCUUUUGACAAAAGAUGCAAUACAAACGGAUGAACAGCAACUGUUAAGUACUAAAAAAAAAAAAAUUGUUAAAAGUUGAAAUUUAAAUGGGCCGUAUUAUUUUAUUUGGUCCUUCAAUUUCCUAAAAUUUUCACUCCUGGCCCUCACUCGUUACUCACGCUCUGCUGCGACUCCGUUCCCACAGCAAUCCAUUUUCUUAUUUCCAUUUCACUAUUUUUUCCUUUUCCACAGGACCACCUUCUUCUCUGCAACACUGUAACGCCUCCCAUGGAGAUCCUCAACUUCCCAUUUUUCUCUCUCCUCCUUCUUCUUCCUUUUCUUUCUGCCGAUUUUGUUCCCUCCGACAUUUACCUCCUCAGCUGCGGCUCCUCCUCCAACUCCUCCCUCUUUAACCGCGUCUUCGUCGGCGACUCCUCCAAACCGGCCUCCGAAUUUCUCUCCGCCGCCCGAUCGGUGGCGGUCUCCGAUCGGAAUCCGCCUCCGGAUUCUCCCUCCCUGUACCACACGGCUAGAGUUUUCACCUCCGCCUCAACCUACAAAUUCAGCAUUAAGAAGAACGGUACUCACUUGCUACGGUUCCAUCUUUCGCCAUUUUCGGCUCCGGGGUUUGCGUUGCGUUCAGCGAAUUUCAUCAUCUCGGCUAAUGGAGUUCUGCUUUCCGGUAUUUCUCACGUUAACGACUCUGUAAUUAAGGAGUUUAUGGUGAGAAUAGACACCAAUGUGCUCGAAAUCGUUUUCGAACCGGUUUCGGGUUCGGGUUUUGGGUUCGCAAAUGCUAUCGAGGUCUUUUCAGCUCCUAAGGAGCUCAUUACGGACAAUGGAGCUAAGCUGGUGGAUUCGAAUGGAGUUCGACAGUAUUACAAACUUACACAGCAAAUUUUAGAAACCAAAUACAGAAUUAACGUCGGGGGUUCUAAAUUGACCCCGUUCAACGACACUCUAUGGAGAACCUGGGUGCCCGAUGAGCCGUUUCUCGUCUUGAAGUCGGCGGCGAAGCCCUUCGCAACUUUUCACACGCCGAACUAUCAGGCCGGCGGCGCCACCAGGGAGGACGCGCCGGACAACGUUUAUAUGACGGCGCAGCAGAUGAACAAGGAAAAUUCCACUCUGGGUGCAAAGUUUAACAUCACUUGGAACUUUCAAUUGGAUUCAAAUGGUGUGAAGCACUUGGUUCGAUUACAUUUCUGUGAUAUUGUUAGCCGAGCUCUUAAUCAGCUGUAUUUCAAUGUAUAUAUCAAUGGCUUUUCUGCGUAUGGGGACCUGGAUUUGUCAUCUCUUACCUCUCGCCAGCUUUCUACUCCUCUUUAUGUUGAUUUCAUUGCGGAUUCUGACAGUUCUGGGAAUAUUCAGAUAAGCGUUGGGCCCUCUGAUCUGAGCAGUUCUUUGAUAUAUAAUGCAAUCUUAAAUGGAGCAGAGAUCAUGGAAAUGGUGAAUUCUAAGGAUAUGUUCCCAGAAACUGAGACGAGGAAGAGAAAUUUAUGGGUUAUUAUAGGUCCAGUUGUUGGUGGAUUUGUAGGUUUAUGUUUGAUUGUUGCUGCAAUUCUUGCUUUGAGAUGCAAAAAGAGGAAGAAACCGAAGCCGAAACGGGCAGAGAGCGCAGGCUGGACUUCGGUUCAGGCAUAUGGAGGAGGCAGUUCUGAUAGUAAAUUAUCAGGGGGAUCAACUCUUGCAUCCUUUGGGCCAAAUGGAUACCACAGCUUGAAGAUCCCCUUCACCGAAAUUCAGUCUGCAACGAAUGAUUUCGACAAGAGUUUGAUAGUUGGUUCUGGUGGAUUUGGUAUGGUUUACAAAGGAGUUCUUAGGGACAAUAUAAAGGUUGCUGUGAAGAGAGGCGUGCCGGGAUCAAGGCAGGGCCUUCCAGAGUUCCACACUGAGAUUGCUAUAUUGUCGAAAAUUCGACAUCACCAUCUUGUUUCACUUGUUGGAUACUGCGAAGAACAGUCAGAAAUGAUACUGGUUUAUGAAUAUAUGGACAAAGGUCCCUUGAAAAAGCAAUUGUAUGGCUCCGGUGUAUUGCCUUUGUCGUGGAAGCAACGGCUAGAAAUCUGCAUUGGUGCAGCCAGAGGUCUUCACUACCUCCACACUGGUUUUGCACAGGGCAUCAUCCACCGGGAUAUCAAAUCCACCAACAUUUUGCUGGAUGAAAACUAUGUUGCCAAGGUUGCUGAUUUCGGUCUUUCAAGAUCCGGGCCUCGUCUCGACGAGACACAUGUUAGUACUGGAGUAAAAGGCAGCUUCGGCUAUCUAGAUCCUGAGUAUUUUCGAAGGCAACAACUCACUGAUAAGUCAGAUGUGUAUUCAUUUGGAGUAGUGCUCUUUGAAGUUCUUUGUGCUAGGCCUGCUGUUGAUCCAUUGCUUGCUAGGGAGCAAGUAAAUCUCGCUGAAUGGGCGCUUCAUUGGCAAAGGAAAGGCAUGCUUGACAAGAUCAUCGAUCCUCAUCUGGUCGGGCAAAUCAAUCCGAUCUCGUUGAAGAAAUAUGGAGAAACAGCAGAGAAGUGUUUGGCUGACUAUGGCAUCGACAGACCAACAAUGGGAGAUGUCUUAUGGAACUUGGAGUACGUUCUUCAACUACAAAUCGGGCCACAGAACGACCCGAUGGAACCCGUGGGCAUCGACGAGUCCGACUUCCCAACAUCAACGGCAAUUCAUCCAAGCAACUUGAGGAGACAUUCAGAUGAAGGUACUGAUAAUUAUUCAGACAUAAGUACAACCAAAGUUUUCUCCCAGUUGCUUACUAAUGAUGGAAGAUAACUAGCUUUUGGAUGAACUCUAAAACAGAAGAAGCUUCCACAAUAGUUCUCUCUCUUUUUCUUUACAAACAUAUUUAAGAAUACCUUAGCUCUACAUUAUACUGUAGGAAAAUUACAGCCAAGUCUUCUAAGAUAGCUCUACAUAGUUCUUUUGAAGAAGAAUAUAUAUAUACGUACUUUAUCAUAAUGUUAUGAACUUUAUCAUAAUGUUAUGAAUUCCUGGAGUAUUGUAAACUUGCCUCAAAACUGAAAGGAAACCAAGGAAACCAUAAUAACUUAUUCGAC